AUGGACAUUAAAUUAUAAGUGGAUAAUCUUAUUAAACCAAUUAAAGAAAUACUUUAGAAUAUUGAUCAAGUUAAAAGUUAAAUUAUACAAUCCCACACUCAUUAAUUUGCAUUGUCUAUACUUGAAUUUGUUUUUUUAGGAAAUUGUUGUUCAUGUACUUUAACGCCUGUUGAAUAUAAAACCAUAUUAAUCCAAUAUGUUUAGCAAUUAAGAAAGUUCUAUCAAAACCCUAAAGAAUCUACAGUUUGCCAAGUAUAUUAUUUAAUAAUAAGAGAUUGUAAGCAAACUUAUAAAACAAAGAUAAGAUCAUGGAGAUCGUGAAUAAGAAGGGUUUAUGAAUUCAGAUGAAGAAGAAACACGUUUAGUUUAAUAAAUAUCAUUUUAGUAAAAUACUUAAGAUUAUUCUAACGAUGCAAAUUUAGAAAAACAUAAAGUAGUAUUACAAUAAAAGGAUUAUGAAAUCGCAAGUCUUAAGGCAAAACUUUAAUUAAAAGAAUAGAAACUUUUGGAUUUAGCUAGUGGUUAUUUGAAAGAUUUAUAAAAUAUGAGAGAACAAAUGUAUAAAAAGUCUGAUGAUUUUGAUUACUAUGAGGUUUCUUAUUGUGAUGUUACUGAUAUAGAGGAUCCUCGUUAUAGAGAUUUAGUAAAUAAUAAGAUAGCUAAUUUAAAGAGUCAAUAUGAAAAGAAAACAAGAGAAAUGUAUAUUAGAUAUAUACAUUUAGAUAUUUAUUUGUUUAGAAAUAGAAAAGUGAAGUUUAGAAUUUGAGAUAGAUAGUUGGAAACUUUGAGCAAAAGUAAAAGAUGAUGGAGAAUGUAGAGUAUUUGAUGAAUCGUGUAUUUUCAUUAGAAUAAGAUCCUUAUAAAAUAUGGAGAUAUAUUUAAGAUAUCAAAGGAAAUGAUUAUUUUCAUGAUGUUUUUGAGAAGUAAAAGCCAGCAUCAGGAAUUAGAUAUAGAGAAGUGAAUAAAUUAUUAAUGGUAACUAAAGCUUACGAUAGAGAAUUAGAAUAUUUUAAGAAAGGAAUUGAAGAUCAAAUGUAUGUAUAUUUGGAAAGGGCUUGUGGAAUUAUUAAUCUUUAAAAUUAAGAUUUAUUAGAUGAAAUUGAAUAAUUAAAAAGGGAAGUUGAAAGAAUUAAAUAAUUUGAAAGUAGAGUAAAUUAAUAAAUUAUGCAUUAAUUUGAUUAAUUUAAAAAAUAAUGUAAUUACAGGUUUAAAUUAAUAUAGUGAAAUAAUAUUAAGAGGAAUAUUUGGAUGUAAAAUCAAAAGAAUUAUAGUAAUUACAGAAAAUUCAACUCAAAUAUGCUACAAGAUUAUGGUAUAUUGUGAGUCAAAUAAAGAAAGGCAGAGAUAUAAAGGAGUUGAUAUUAUAUGCAUAGUAAAGCAAAAAGUUAAUAAUAUAGUUAGAAUGACUACGAAAAAUUGACAUCAUAACAAUUCUUAGAGCUAGAAAAUAACUAUCUCAAAAAUAUGAUAGCUAUUAAAACAAAGUAAGAGGAGAUAAUAGAAUUAAAUAAUAAAUUAGAACAAAUUUAAUUAUCUAAUUAUGAACUAAAGAGCUAAAAUUCUUAAAUGAAAGUGACCAUUGAAGAUCUAAAAGCAAAAGUUAAGAAUCAUUAAAAAUGUUUAUAAUAAACAAUUAAACAUAUAGAUUCUAAAAUAAAUCCUGAAUAAUUGAAUUUGGAAGAUAAUAAUAGAGAAACAACUAUUAGUUUUAAAGAUAAACUUAAAUAACUUAGAUAAUAACAUAAUGGAUUAAAAUUUAUAUAAGAAGUAAAUGAAUAAUUUGAAAAAAAUAAUAAAGCAUUAGAAUUUUUAAGUGUUUAUUAUGAAAAUAAAUCAACUUAAACUAUGAUUUGUAAUGUAAAUAAAACAUUAACAGAAGCUAUAGAAAUAUAUACAAUGUAAAACAAUGAUGAAAAUAUUUAUGAAGAUUAAGGAUAUUUCAAAAAGGAUAACAAUAAUGUAGAAUGUUAAACUGAUUUAAUAGAUGUUGAUGAAUUACUAAAAUAAAUAACAGGUUUAAAAUAAUAAAUCAAACAUUUAUCACAAGAUAUAGAUGAUAUGGAAGGAGAAGGAACAAUAUAAAAGCAUUUUAAAUUAAGUAAUUAAAGAAAUUAAUCUUCUGAUGUUUAUUCUUCUUAAAAAAGUGCAAAUCUUAAAAGAAGAUAUGUUUAAGUUAAUGAAUCUAAGGAUUCUAAUUCAAACUAUUAAGAUGAUCUAAGAGUAUCACAUGAUAAAAAUUAUGGUUAUUAAUUAGGUUAGACUAAUUAAUUGAUAAUUUUACAUUAACAAUAAUCUGUUGAAAAGAUAGCUUAAACAUAAACUCUUUAAACAUCAAAACUCUAAUAAAAAGGUGUUUUUAAUAGAUUAUUUGAAGAUAGUAAAAAGAAAUGUGAAAGAAUUUAACAAAUUAAAAAGAAUUUAGAAUUAUUAGAGAAAGAACAUUGGUAAUAGGUAGGUGAAUUAGUAAAACAAGAUUAAGAAAUUAUGAAUGCAUUUAAAGAUAGUCUCUCAAAAAGUAAACAUUUUUAUUAGAGAUAAUUAAAAUAAAAUCUAGAAAUUGAAUAAAAAUAUUUUCCAUAAAAACAUAAUAGAGCAUAAUUUUAUUUCAAAAAAUUUAAAGAUUUUCAUAUUCAUCAAUAAGAACUUAAUGAAAUCUAUUUUGAUCCAAAUUCUAGUGAUGAAAAAACUACUGAAAUAUAAAGAUUAAAUAUAAAAAGUGUUGUAGAUAAUAGAAAAUUGAAUGGAUAAAUAAAAUUUAAUGGACUAAAAAGAGAAGAAUAUUAAUUUUUUUAAUAACUUGAAAGGAGAAAAUUAUAAAGUAGAACAUUUAGAAGUACUUAAUAAUCUCCAAAAUAAAAGAAAGUUUAGUAUGUCUCAUUUACUAAACCAUUUAUUGCAAGUUUAACUAGCUAUGAAACAAACGAUUUCAAUAACUAAUAAAUCACUAAACACUUGUAAAAAGCUUAUGAUUUGGGCUGA